AUGACUCUCGGACAGCAGGUCACGUGCCCAGACAAUACAAGCACGGUCGUCCUAAACAGAGACCGCUUGUAUCACCAAGGAGACCAUCUCACCGUAAGGAUCGUGUCGAGAGACCAAGAAGGAAGGCCGAAGACUUACGGAGGAGACUUUUUCCGUGCCAGACUCUUCAGCAGUGACCGCUCGAUACUGGCAAGUAGCGCCGGUCACGUCACGGACCACUCUAACGGCACAUACACGGUGAAGUUCCCGCUCUACUGGGCAGGGGGCGUUUCGAUACAGAUCCAGCUAGUCCAUCCAAGCGAGGCAGUGAAGGUUCUAAAAAGAGUCCGAGAAAUUCCAAACAAGAGGGUCUUCUACUGCAGCUUCGUCGACGAGAAAACGAACGCUACCAACACAACACAGUGUUUCAGUUCUGCCAACCCCAGCCUACCGCCUCAACAACAGUGCGACUUCUCAAAGCCGGAGGUGAACGGGACCUGGAUUUGUAAGAAGCCGGACAAACUUUCGUGUUCCACCAUCUCAAAGUGCCGGUGGGAUUCGGACAAGAGCAGGGCAAAUGUGCUGGAACUUGUAUCUGAAGAGGAAAAGAAACUUUUCCAAAAGCCAUAUCUUGAAGAGGAGCUUGAAGUAGACCCCAAGGAGCCCAUACGUGUUCUGAAAGCAGAACUGUCCACACCUCAACACCUUCCAGCGUGUACGUGGGACAAGUCUGCAGCUUUGGGACAUUGGUCAGGCAAGGUCUGGAGAUCAUCCGUCUGCGAUGUUCGAGUUUUCACUAAGAAAGCCAUCCAGCGGUGCCUGGCUAACAAGACCGUGUACAUACAAGGUGACUCCACGAUUAGGCAAUGGAGCAAGCGUUUGCAGCAGUUAGUACCGUUAAACUACGACAACACUACCAUGGAUUCUACAGCUCUUCUAGGAGGAGACAACAGCCAGUGGAACAUCUCAGUUCGCUACCGGUUUCACCACUUCCCUCUACAACAGGUCGAUGGGAAUGCCUUCCAUGACUUCCGUUACGUUGUUGAUGAGCUGAACGCCACUCCCGGAGGCCCGAACAUGGUAAUAGUUUUGAGUCUGUGGGCUCACUUCACGGCAGAGCCGCUAGAACUGAUCCGGUCCAGACUGUACGCCAUACGGGCCGCCAUACACCGUCUGAAGCGCAGGGCUCCCGGCACGCGGGUUUUCGUGAGAACCGGAACAACGCGAGAGCACCACGAUGGAAACUUGGAGUUCUUCUUGACUGGGAGCGACUGGCUGGCUUACCAGAUCACGGAGGUGAUACGAGAGAUGUUCCGGGCGGAUCCAGACGUGGUGGUGUUAAACACGUGGGACAUGAGCGUGUGUCAGCCGGGAAAAGACAACGUGCACCCAGACCAAACCAUGGUGGACAGUCAACUAUACAUUCUGUUUUCUCAUAUCUGCCCAAGCUAUAUGGUUGCAAAUGUAGGUAAAACAGUGUUUUAA